AUGGCGGCCGCCGCUGAGGGGGCAGGGCGGCUGCCCGAGGAGGCGCCGAGGGAACGGAGCGGCCGCACCAUGGGGCCCCGGGCGAGCGGCGGCGACAGCGACACGGACAGCGACGAGACUGUCGUGGAGGGCUCUGUACCGGAGAGUGAUGUGGAGGAAGAGGAGUUUUGUAGGAGAAGGUGGUUGGCUUUUCUUAACAAGGAUAUUGCUUUAACAACUGAGAUAAGUAUUAAUGAAGGAGCUUUUUCUCCAGAAAUCUGUUUUAUACAGAAAUUUGGUGACCACACAUAUUAUCAUAAGGCGGAACAGAUGAAACCAGUACUUCAAGAGGCAUACACAUCUGACCAGUCUCAAUCCCUACUGAAGGAUUGGAUAAACCAUUCAUCACCUACUGAAAAUAUUUCUCAGCCUCGUUUUUCAUUAAAUUCUGCAGCAGAAGAAGAGCAGAAUAAUUCUGUAGAUAGCAAAUUGAACGGAUUUCAAAAGGAUUCAGAAGAAAAGGUAUCACCAAAAUUAAGUAAUAAAGAUUGCUGUCCAGAAAUAAGCCUCUGUCUACAUGAUCCUGUGGAAGACAUAAUAACAGUUCAAGAGGAACAGACACCAGAAGAUACAUUUCCACCUGUUUUAGAUAACUGCCACAGAACCUGUGUGACCAUUAUUGACACAGAUAACACAGUAAAAGAGCAUUCCCUUAAUAAUGAUACAGAUCUUUCACUGUCAUCCCCAGGGAAGAUUUUUGUGGAUGUAUUCACUGAACAGAAUAUAGAGACUAGUGAAGUUGACAUCAGUGAUUUGUUGAGACACCCUAGUGACUCUGAGAGUCUUAAAGUUAAAAACCCAUUGCCUGACAAGUUAGAGUGUCAGGGUCAUGCCUCUUCUGUCGAUCCAUCAGCAGCUGAGAGCAAUGAUGCCCUGCCCGUAGAGCUUGUGGCGCCUCUGAAUGCCUUGUCAGGAGCAAUGGUACAAGCUGCCAUUCCUGUAGUGCCAAACGAGAGACAGCUCAACGCCAAGGAAGAGCAGCUAAAUUCAGAAACCAGUGUUCUGCAGGUAGAUGAUGACUGUACUCAAAUAACAAAUGUGAUGGAGUCUCGACUUGCUGCAAUUCAGGUGGAAGAAAUAAAUGCCUUCACAGGACCGAACUCACAGAGCACAACAAAUGAGCAACCUGUGGGUGGUCAGCAGAGAGAGAAAGAAGUAAUAUCAGAUUGCUUGGAUGCCACCUUUAGUGAAAAACAAACUGGUGAGGGACAUUCAUAUUCAGUGGAGCCUGCAACAUGUUGUGCAAAAACAGCCCAAACAGCAUCAAGAGGCAGUAUAAAGAGAAACAAAGCUAAGUAUUUUAAUAAAAUUCAGAAAUCUCCUUCUGAAGACAAGCAGGAUCUAGAAACUAUCUUAUGGCAAGAAAUAAUUCUGAAUGAGUAUGCAAAAGCUAAUCAGAGGAGAAAAAGCAAGAGAAUUGACAACAAACGGAGACGAGAAGCCUUUGGUAGGAAUUCUGUAAAUCCAACUUGCCCCCUUUCACUUUCAACAAUCAACAGGAGGAAUGUGUAUGGUGAGAACUUACUACAUAGAGCUGUUACUCACCAAGACAUAAACCUUGUGCAUAGGAUAAUAAAAGCUGGUGGAAAUGUAAAUGCUCAGGAUUAUGCUGGCUUGACUGCGCUACAUAUAGCAAGUGUGGAAGGCUUUUAUGGGAUAGCAAAUCUGCUUUUGAAAGCAGGAGCUGAUGUUAAUGCUACACAAAAGGAGCAAAUAACACCCUUGCAAGAUGCAGUUAAGGAAGGCCAUUAUGAGGUGGCAAACUUAUUACUUUGGUAUGGAGCUGAUCCCUUAUUAAAAAAUCAGAUGGGAAGGUGUGCAUUAGAAGAAGCUUCUGACCCAUCUAUGAUGAAACUUCUUAAAAGUUACAUGGCAAAAUCCAGAAGAUAUUCAGUAGCAGGUAGAGGUGAUUCAAAGAACAUGUUAAAAACUCAGGGUGUAGAAGAUACAAACCAGCACCAGACUUCCUUACAGACAGAGGAGUCAGAACCAGCAUGUGCAAAUGCUCAGGAGACAAGCCAAAAAGCAAAGGCAGCCUCAUAUUCCAGAAGCAGCAAUAAGAAGCUUUCAUCUAAUCAAUCACUAUUGAGUCAAGCAUCAGAACAGCAAACAUCUAAGUCAGAAUCCACCAGGGAAGAAGCUAUAAUUGUACAUGGAACCUAUAAGACAAGACCUGGGAGAAAGACGAAAAUUAGGAGAAAUGCAAAAGGGGAAACUCAGCUGCAUACUGCUGCUAAGAGAGGAGAUGUGUCUUUGGUGAAGACUCUGAUAUCAUCUGGAAUUUCUGUCAAUGAACAGGACUAUGCAGGUUGGACAGCGAUUCAUGAAGCCUCUAAUGGAGGAUUUGCUGAUGUGAUCUUAGAAUUACUGAAAGCAGGUGCUGAUGUUAACAGCAGAAGUUUCUGUGGUGUUUUACCAAUACAUGAUGCUGUUUCUGGCAAUUAUUUGGAGGCAGCCAGGAUUCUGCUGCAGCAUGGAGCAAAUCCCAAUGAGAGGGAUGGUUCAGGAGAAAGUGCUUUGAAUAAGGCUUGUGAUGCAGAAAUGAAAGAACUGUUGAAGUCGUAUGGUGCUAUGGACUCUGUACUUCCUGUUCAAACUGUUGCAGUUACUGAGGGGAAAUCAAAACGUCAUUGUUAUGACUGCUAUAAAAAUGAUGAUGCAGCUUUGGAGACACAACAUGAGAAAUACAGUGUGUCUGUUGCCGCCAUACAGGAUACAGAAAAGAAGCAGGAAGAACUGUUGCUGUUUGAGUUGAGAACUUUGAAAGAUGCAGAUGUGUAUAUCCAAAGGCUGUCUCAGAUACAAGGUGCUUUGAAUGAAAUACUUGCAAACCAGAAGACAGAGAGGGAUACCCUUGCUAAAAAAUACAGGGCUUCAGUAGAAUCAUUUAAAAAAGGUGUGCUAAGGAAACAAGUAGUUAACCUUGCUUCUAGGCAAAAGAGCCUGUUGACUGUUGCCCAAAACCAGGAAAAAUUAGUGCAGAAAUUAAAAAAUUACAGAAAAACAAAGCAAAUGUUCAAUUCAUCAUCAGAGAUGCAAAUCUCAAACUUAGUUACUUUUCACGAAAGCGAUACAAGACGAAGUUUAACUGCUAAUGAAAUCAUGUGUCCUAAUACAGUAACAUUUAGUAUGGGGCUUGGUGCCAGCAGGCCUAAUGGAAACAGAGUAGAAGCACAUGUCUCUUUAGAAAAUAGAUUUUCAGGUCAGGAAUGCAGCCAGCAUCCACACAUCUGCUUGGAUGAGACAGGAGCAAAUAAAGAAGCAAUUACAAGCAAGGAGGCUUCUGAUCAUGCUUUGGCGUCUGAAAACAGAGUAAGAGAAUAUGCCUUUGACAGCAUGUCAAAGCUGCCAAAUGCUGCAGAAGUGAUGACAUUGCCUUCAGAACCUACUAUUUCCACUGCUAAAACAAAGUGCUCACAACAAAAAGACAUUGAUUGUGUAGCAAUUGUAGGACAAAGAAAUAGGUCUUUAAAUCCCACUUCAAUGACCAACACAUUAAAUAUUGUAGAGCCCCAAAGCACUAUUGUCAGUAAGAAUGUCUAUCAGACAACCAGUGACUGCAAGCAGUUUCUUUCACAUGAGGAUCUGCACAGAUAUGUGAAUAAGAAAGAAGCUUUCCAGAAGCAACAGCAGCCACAGCAAGAAAUUUUAUUAGUAUCUACAAAGAGCUUCUCUAAUACCUCGCAGCAAAUGGUCUUUCAGAGUAGUGAGAAUUCAUUUAAUGCCAACCUGAUGCUUACUAAUCUUUCCUCAAAUACAGACUCUCCAGCAAAUAUCAGUGAGAAAUCUUCACAGAGUUACAGUAAUCAGGAAUGGGAACAAAAUCAAGUGAGAUAUGGAUGGAAGAGUAAGAAAAAGCAUCAGUUGAUAGAUCUGCUUGAACUGGGAAGGAUAAAGCCUGGAGAAAAUGUUUUAGAAUUCAAACUGCAGGAAUUUAGUCAUAAAGCUACACUCUUGAAGAAUGGCAAGAUCAGAACCAGUAAAGGACAAAUACUACAGAAUCCAGUUCAGUGGGUUAAAGAUCUACUAGGAAGUGAUAUUUCUGUGACAUGGAAGUACGUGUGGAAUAAGGUUACAUAUCUUGGGACAGAAUUGUCAAAAUUUAGUGUUGGUGAAGUGUCAGUUUCCAGUGACCUGGAGUUGCCAACACAGAAAAGAAAUCCUUUAGGAAAGAAUUUUAUCACAAGGAACCACCAGCACUAUCAGAAUCCUGGUAAUGGCUCCGCUGCUCAGCCUCCUGGGAGCUUUGACCUGAGUAAUAUGCAGCCAAACAUGACAUCACUGCCACAAACACAAGUUUGUGUGAGAGAGCUGUGUGCUGAAGGAGAAGCAGCUGUUGCCAGGGAAUUUAUGAGCUCUUCUGUCCAGUUCAACUCAAUGGAAAGCCUGACACAUUUUCUUCAAUUCCAUGAGAUAGUAAUGGCACAUAAAGAGGAGUUUCUACCGUGCUCUGCAAUGGAAAAGCACUGGAGUUUCUAUAAAGAAUGCAAAGAUUUUGGAUUCUAA